AUGUCACAUUCGCCGGGAAAUGCUUCACAAACAACGCUUGAGCCAGUGAGCCACACCUAUGGCGAGAAACUAGCCCUCCCCCAGGUCACUCUACGUGCUACUCUUGUAGGCUUGGUUAUAGGGUCCAUAGUGCUCGUGCUGAACUUCCAGUUUGGACUCCAGACAGGCUGGGUGCUGAUGAUGUCACUUCCAGCUGCCUUGUUGGGUUUCACGAUCUUCAAAUUGUCACCAUAUUCUGAAGAUUUUACUGACGUAGAGAAUGUCUAUGUCCAAAGUGUAGCUGUAGCUGUAGGGACAGGUCCUCUAUGCUACGGACUUAUAGGGAUUGUACCGGCUAUCGAAAAGUUCCUCACAGCAGAAGAGUCUGGCUUGGGCGACAAAUUUUCGUUUUCGUUGUUUGACUUGAUGGUGUGGUCGCUUGGCUUGGGUCUCUUUGGAGUCUUUUUUGCUGUUCCACUCCGAAAGCAAGUGAUUAUCAAGGAGAAGCUUCCCUUUCCCUCAGGAAGUGCUACAGCCACUUUGAUCUCAGUAAUGCAUGGAACCGAAAUCUACGACGACGAACAGGAAGCAAAAGCCAUCAAAAAACAUGAAAAUGCCUUGUUAAACAAAACGUCCAUGUCUCAGGAUAUGGAAAACUAUCUUGCCAACGACGAAACAGAACAAGAAGAAGACUCACCAGUAAAGCAAAAUAGUCAAGAACCUUCAGUCUACUCUAAAAAUAUCCAUUCGUUAUUGAUUACAUUUCUGGUGUCUGCCACUUAUACAUUGGUAUCGUAUUUUGUUCCUGUCUUGAAAAACUUGCCCAUAUUUGGCACAAAUCUUUCCAACAAGUACAAGUGGAAUUUCCAGCCUUCUCCAGCGUAUAUUGGGCAGGGUAUAAUCAUGGGUUUACCAACUGUAUCGUACAUGUUGUUUGGUGCGAUUUUGGGAUGGGGCAUCCUUGCACCCUUAGCCAAGAGUAAGAACUGGGCCCCAGGAGCUAUUGACGAUUGGAUUCAUGGAGGCCAAGGAUGGAUUCUAUGGAUAAGUUUGAGUGUGAUGAUCAGCGACUCACUUGUUUCUUUUCUAAUAGUGACGUUCAAAUCGAUCAGAAGCGGAAUCAAGAUCAUGAAAGAUUUGAACACCCAAAGACAUUAUACAGAAGCAACUCUGCAAACUUUAGAAUUGCAACAGUCGUUACUCAACGAAGACAGCGACAGAAACUCGAAUGAGGACCCCUCUAACAGCACAUACUCUGGUCAACGAGCUAAAACAGCCGAGACGUCUUCUAUUAGUCCUCUUUCCAGAGCCGAGAUUCAGAAGGACUACUUGGUGAGCAACACGAUAACGUUUUCUGGAAUCAUCCUUUCAUCCAUUCUCUGUCUUAUUUCUAUCAGAAUCGUGUUUGGUUCCAUUGUUCCGUACUAUGCUGCCGUUGUAGCAAUUGUUCUUGCCUUGUUCUUCUCUGUUCUUGGAGUUAGAGCUCUUGGAGAAACAGACUUGAACCCAGUUUCUGGAAUUGGAAAGUUGUCGCAGUUGAUCUUUGCAGUGGUCAUUCCAGCCAACCACCCAUCCAAAAUCUUGAUCAACUUGGUAGCAGGAGGUGUUGCGGAAGCUGGGGCGCAACAGGCCGGAGACUUGAUGCAAGACUUGAAGACAGGUCAUCUUAUAGGAGCCUCGCCCAAGGCACAAUUCAUAGCACAAAUCAUCGGUACAUUAUAUUCGGUUUUCCUCAGCAGUAUAAUGUACAAGGUCUACAAUGCAGUAUACACCAUUCCUGGAGAUUUGUUCAGAAUACCGACAGCCGUGAUCUGGAUCGACUGUUCUCGGUUGGUAACUGGACAAGGCUUACCACCUAUGGCAUUUGAAUUUUCGAUGAUCUUUGGAGCAAUCUUUGGGUUUAUUGCAUUGCUCAAAAAUACCAUUCCUUCAAGUUCUCGUUUCCACAAGUAUCUUGUAUACUUGCCCAGUGGUAUAGCCGUAGGUAUCGGUAUCUACAAUACGCCGAACUUCACACUUGCACGGUUUGUUGGCGGUGUUAUUGCUUACUGGUGGAUAAACUUUGGAAAUAAAACAGCUGGAAACAACAGAAUCGCCAUGAUCAUUUUCAGCAGUGGUCUUGUUCUUGGAGAAGGGUUGUUGAGCGUGGUUACGAUGUUAUUGACGAGUUUGGGAGUAAAACAUUUUUAG